AAUUAAUAGUAACUGCCAAUUCAGUUUUAGUUCAUAUAUAAAUUUUCUCAAUGUAGUGCAAGAACUCAAAGCAGUGCAUUUAGUUGAAGUUAAACAUAGAUCCAAUGGGUGGUACCUUGAUCAAUUUUUUGGUGGUAGUCUUAGUUCUUUCUUUCGUUCUGAAUUCGAUUCACUAUGAAGUUGAAGGAGGACAAAGUAUAUCUGAAGAAGAAGAUAUGGAGCUAGAAAGACAACUCAAGAUUCUUAAUAAGACGCCCAUCAAAACAUUGCAGUUUGAAUUCGGAGAUGUCAUUGACUGCAUCGACAUCUACGAGCAACCUGCACUUGAUCAUCCUGCACUAAAGAAUCACAAAAUCCUGCUGAGACCGGAUAAUCCUCCGAAACGGCAUACUACUGAGAAUACCUCAUCAAUUAUUGAUGAACCUAAAACUUCAGGAUUUAGUCCUGACGGUGUUGAAUGCCCGAAAGGAACAGUGCCAAUCAGAAGAACAACAAAGGAAGAUCUUAUAAGAGCAAAAUCUCUAACAAAAGCCAGAAAUGGCUCUAACGCGAGUAACUACUACGGGGAGCAUGGAGCAAUUCUUAAGCUUGGCAAUGGAUAUCAACGGUUCUACGGAAUCAAUGCUGAUAUAAGUACAUACGAGCCAACUGUAUAUGAAGACGAAUUCAGCACAGCUCAUAUUUGGGUUGUUGGUAAUGCAAAAGAUGAACAAUUAAACAAUAUACAAGUUGGACUUGCGGUCCAUCCAACAUUAUUUGGUGAUCACCGCCUUCGAAUGUUUACCUAUUGGACUGCUGAUGGCUCCUACAAAACCGGCUGUUACAAUUUUCUCUGCCAUGGUUAUGUUCAGAUUCAUCAAUAUUUUGGCCCUGGGUGCACUCCUUCUAGGAUUUCUACUUAUGACGGUGGUCACUAUGUAAACCAUUUCCUCAUUUAUCAGGAUCGGAAACAAAAGGUGUGGUGGUUAGUAUUUACAGGCGACACACAUGUCGGUUAUUGGCCAAAUCCCAUAUUUAGUGGUUCGUUAAGUAAAGGAUUUGCGAACGGAUUAUAUUGGGGAGGAAUAACAAAGGCAGGAUCACAUGUGGGGAUAAAUCCUGCAAUGGGGAGUGGUCAUUAUCCAGAUGGUGUGUAUGGUCAUUCAGGUUUCUUUCAUUGGGUUCAGUACGUGAAUGGAUUUAAUCAAUUAAUAGAUCUUAAUGAUACACCAAUGGACGCUUUUGUGGAUUGUCAAUGGUAUAAUAUAACUAAUCUUGGAUACACUAGAAAUGGGAAUGCUAUCUACUUCGGCGGACCUGGUGGGAGAUGCCCAACUUGAAGAUGAAGAUGCAGAGCUGAACCAUAAAAAAGUUGUCUUGUUGGUAGAGAAUUGGGACAAUUUAUUUAAGCCUCUUGGUUCCAAUUUCUUUUUUUUCUUUCUUUUUCUUUUUCGCAUUUGGUUCGCAUAUUUAAUAGUCUCCCAUGGAUAAACAAAUGAUGAAUUCAGAUUAUUGCAUGUGUCUAA